GGUGCCUGUGAUAUGGCUUAUAUGUGGGGCAUAGUGACUCUUUUCCUAAUCAUACCAACUCCAGACUUACUGGCACAGAGGAUCAUUGGAGGCCAAGAGGUCGUUCCUCACUCCAUAAAGUACCAAGCGUCCCUUCAAUAUGACAGAACGCACUACUGCGGUGGAACCCUGAUUCAUCAGCAGUGGGUGGUAUCUGCUGCCCACUGCUGGAGGCCGAGUAGCAUCAUUCAGGUUGUAUUGAGUGCUCACAACCUUGCUGCUGAGGAUGGAUCUGAGCAAGUGUUCAAUGUGUCCAAGAUCAUAUACAACCCAACCUACAACCUGAAAACAUACAACGGUGACAUCAUGCUCCUCAAGCUAAGCCGUCCAGCCGUGCUAAACUCAUAUGUGCAGCCGGCACCUAUUCCAGAUGACACUACAGCUCCGCUGGAUGCCAGCACCAAGUGUACAGUGAGUGGCUGGGGUGUCACACGGAUCUACAGCUUCUACCUGUCGCCUGUGCUGCGUGCUGUUGAUGUGGAUUUCAUCCCCAACUGCUAUUACUACUACUCUGUCAGAGUUAAUGAAAACAUGAUCUGUGCUGGCUCUCGCUUUGGCGGAAAAGACUCUUGCCAGGGUGACUCAGGUGGACCCCUCAUGUGCAACGGCAUGCUGGAAGGCAUUGUGUCCUGGGGCAUUGGUUGUGCCAAUCCCUACUACCCAGGCGUCUACACCAAACUGAGAAACUACCAAAAAUGGAUCACUGGGGUCAUCAACAGCAACACAAAUGACAACAAUAACAAAUAAGCAAUAACAAAUUAAGUAUAAUUGUAGAAUGCAGGAGUUAGAAAUGAUGCAUGUAUUGUAUUCCACUGUGACAAAUAAAAGGAAAAU